AGGAGAGGAUCCGGACUCAAGAUAGAGAGAGUGCGAGCGUGUGCGAUGCGUAUUUAUACACACAUUCCUUAGCUUCAAUUCGCACACACACACUCUCUCUCUCUCUCAAUCUCUCUCUCUCUGUAAAUUGUGUUUGAAGAUGGUGGAUUUCGCUCGCGUACAGAAGGAGCUUCAAGAAUGCAACAAAGACAACGAUGUCUCGGGCAUAAGCAUCAAGCCUAAAGGCGACAAUCUCACGCAUUUGGCCGGAACGAUUCCUGGUCCUCUCGCUACUCCUUACGAAGGCGGCACUUUCAACAUCGACAUUAUCUUGCCCGAUGGGUACCCUUUUGAACCUCCACGAAUGCAAUUUGCUACAAAAGUUUGGUCCAAUUUGUGUCUGCCGUCCAAAUCAUUAACGGAAUAGCAUUGCACGUGCAUUUCACGUGAUACGAAAGGCUGCUAUGAAGGUCAAAAUGGAUAUUUCAUUCUCAACCGCAUGUGCCAUACAUGUGAGGCGAAUUGGGGUUAAAAAAAUGGGGGUUUUGUGGUUUUCAGAUCAUCGAUUCAAUCUUUAGAACUUCAAUUGAGGCUAGGGUUUGUGGUUUUCUUGAAAAAUCGAAGGGUUUUGCAACAUUAUUUGUGUUCAUUGAGGCCGGAUGGCCAUGGCGAAGUAUCAAGAUAGUUAUAUACCAAAAUGUAAGUAUAAUUUUUUUAGUUUUUGGUUAAUAUUUUUGCAUGGUUAUGAUUUUUUAAGUAUUUUAGGUCAGUUUUGUAUAUUUUUGGUUACUUUUUUAUUUGUUGAAUCUUUUUUGUUUACUGUGUUCUUUUGAAGAAAGUGAAUUUUGAAGUAUAUGUAUUGUUCCAAAAAGUGAAGUCUUUUUAUAUGUGUUUGUUUGAUUAUCCCCUGUCUUUUAGUAUGUGUUUUUUUUCGAGUGUGUUUUCAUGCUUUUUUGUGAAUGAUACUGUGGUCCCAUGCAUUUGCAUAUGUUCCUCAUUUUUUUAUUUUUUAAUGUUAUAAUGGUCCAAUGCCUAUACAGACAUCAAUGCUGAUCACUUUACCAUUAAAGUGAAUCAUGGUGGCUAAUUUAGGACAGAAAAUGGACAGAGGUCUUAUGUUGAAGGCCAAGUAGAUUACAUUGACUACAAUGAUAGGGGGAGGAUGUCAUUACUUAUAUUGGUUGAAUGUGCCCAAAUGGUAGGAUAUAGUAAUUUUGUUGGAUUUCAUUACAGAGUCAGUGAGAAUUAGAGCUUGGAUGGAGGAUUUAAAUUUAUUAGUUCUGAUAAGGAUGUGUAUGAAAUGAUGAAAUUUAUAGUGGCAGGUGUAUUGAAACUUUAUAUUGAGGAACCUGUCCCUGUUCCACUAAGUUUUGAUGAACAUUUCUAGGAUGUCAAUGUAGAGGAAUGAGACUAGGAAUACAACACAACAGAAUGGAGUAUUUAUGAACCUAGUGUUGAUGGGGAUAAACAUAGUUCAAAUUCUGCUUCAGAACCUGAAUAUGAAGUAUUUGUUGAUAGUGAUUACAGCUUGAAUGAGGAACCAAUGGCAGGAGUGGACCAAUAUGCAAGUAAGCUACCAGAAAAUAGUCAUGUUCAAGAUUUUUCUGAACCAGAAAGUGAGCAAUGAGAUUUCUCAGAUGGGUUUGCUAGCCUUGAAGAAUCAAAAGAUGGAGAUGAUGGGUUGCCAAAGGCCAAGUACAAAGAGUUCAAAUAUGC